CGGGCUGCCGCCGCCGCCGCCGCCUCGCAGAUGCCAUCACAGCAACAAAGAGCUUGCUGAGCUGAGAGCCGCGGCGAGAGCUCGCCUGGAAGCCACGGCGCCGGCUCCCGGAGCUGGGCGGCAGCAGAAGGAAACGCUCCGGGGGAGGGGAGGGGGCAGAAGAUGGCCAAGAAGAGAAAGCCCCCCAGCAUCAAGGGUGAUCCAAGGAUACAUGACCCACAUUUCAAGGGGCCCAUUGUCAACAGGAGUUGUACAGAUGUGCUGUGCUGCAUGAUCUUCAUACUGUUCAUUAUUGCCUACAUUCUUUUAGGACUUGUGGCCUGGGUCAAUGGCGACCCCAGAAGAGUGGCCUAUCCUACAGACAGCCAGGGCUACUUUUGUGGCCAAAAGGGCACCCCCAAUGAGAACAAGCCCAUUUUGUUUUACUUUAACCUGCUCAGCUGUACCAGUCCCUCCGUGGUGGUAAACCUACAGUGCCCUACCAGACAGAUCUGUGUCUCCAAGUGCCCAGAAAGAUUUUUAACCUACAUGGAAAUACAAUUUAGGUACAGAAAAGACAGAAACUACUGGACAUACUACAGCCAGUUCUGCAAGUCUGCUCAUCUUAAGCCUGCGAAGACUCUCACACAAGUUUUACUGGAUGAUGAUUGUCCAACAGCGAUUUUUCCAAGCAAACCUUAUCUCCAGAGAUGUUUCCCUGACUUUUCUACUAAAAAUGGCACUUUAACAGUAGGAAAUAAGACAGUGUUUGAAGAUGGAAGUGGAAAGACAAGAAAUGCUGUAGAGCUCAGGGCAGCUGCAAAUGGUAUCAAUAAAGUCCUUGAUGCAAGGGCAAUUGGAGUGAAAGUGUUUGAAGACUAUGCAACAACGUGGUAUUGGAUUCUCAUUGGCCUGACUAUUGCCAUGCUCCUCAGUUGGAUGUUUGUGAUACUCCUGCGGUUCACGGCUGGCUUCCUCUUCUGGCUCUUCACCUUUGGUGUGAUUGGGAUUAUAGCUUAUGGAAUAUGGCACUGUUACCGGGAAUACAGCAGUCUUCAGGAACAGCCAGAUUCUCACUUAACUGUAUAUCACAUCGGGAUUCAGACUGAUAUAAGCAUGUACUUUCAACUGAAACAAACAUGGUUCGCAUUUAUGAUAAUACUCUGCAUCCUUGAAGUGUUCAUCAUCCUCAUGCUGAUCUUCCUCAGGGACCGAAUCCGCAUCUCCAUUGCCCUGCUGAAGGAGGGGAGCAAAGCCAUUGGAUACAUCCCUACUACCUUAAUUUAUCCAGUUUUAACUUUCAUUUUCCUCUCAAUCUGCAUUUCCUACUGGGCUGUGAUAGCAGUUUACUUGGCUACAUCAGGGGUACCUAUAUACAAAGUCACAGCCCCAGAGGGGCAAUGUAAAUAUGAAAAUAAAACCUGUAAUCCAGAGAUUUUUAAUACAACUGAAAUUGCCAAAGCUUGCCCUGGGGCUCAGUGUCAUUUUGCUUUCUAUGGUGGAAAGAGCCUGUACCAUCAAUAUAUCACUACCUUCCAGAUAUUCAAUCUAUUUAUCUUUCUCUGGCUUAUAAAUUUUGUCAUUGCAUUGGGUCAGUGUGCCCUUGCUGGUGCCUUUGCUUCUUAUUACUGGGCCUUGAAAAAACCUGAUGACAUCCCACCAUAUCCACUUUUUACUGCAUUUGGACGAGCCAUAAGAUAUCACACAGGAUCCCUAGCAUUUGGAUCUUUAAUUCUUGCAGUAGUUCAAAUGUUUAGAUUAAUCCUAGAAUACUUGGACAAACGUCUUAAAGAGGCCCAGAACAACAUUUCUAAAUUCCUAAAAUGCUGCCUGAGAUGCUGUUUCUGGUGUUUAGAAAAAGCAGUAAAGUUUUUGAACAGAAAUGCCUAUGUUAUGAUUGCAAUAUAUGGCAAAAACUUCUGCAGGUCAGCGAGAGAUGCUUUCAAUCUGCUGAUGAGAAAUAUUUUAAAAGUUGCAGUUAUGGAUAGAGUGACAGACUUUGUGCUAAUCCUGGGGAAGAUUCUAGUUGCUGGGUGUAUAGGUGUCCUGGCCUUUCUACUCUUCACAGAAAGACUCCCAAUGAUUACAGAAGGACCAACAUCUUUAAAUUACUACUGGGUACCUUUGAUGACAGUCAUUAUUGGAUCUUACCUAAUUGCACAUGGAUUCUUCAGCGUCUAUGCAAUGUGUAUUGAAACAAUUUUCAUCUGCUUCUGUGAAGAUCUGGAAAGAAAUGAUGGAUCUACAGAAAAACCCUACUUCAUAACCCCUACCCUGCACGGAAUUCUGAACAAGAAGCAACUAGUUCCCCAGAAGCAGAAAGAGUAGAAAAGCUCCAAACAGUGCCAUUCAUUUUUAAGUAGAAGUUUUGUAAAUUAGGUCAUUUGUAUUUGAAAAUGAUGCUUUUAAGUAAUGUGAAAUUUCAGUGCUUAUUCCUAAAAAGCGAGAACUUGGUACCAUCUGAGGUAUCAGGCAAUUGAUGACAGAAGCCUCUGUGAACUAGGAUACUUUAUAGUGGUCCCAGCUGAAGAGCAAGGUGUAAAUGUCACACAUUUUUUUAAAGCCUAUAGCUGAAAGUGUUUCCAAAACGUUUAUAACUUGGCAUGCUGUUUCCCAUUGCAGCACUUUGAUAGCCUUUCUUUUUAUAAAUGUAUAUUUGUAAAGGGUAUUCAGGAAAUUUUUGAAAGCACUAUAAAUGUGUAAUCAAUUAGCCAUAAAAAGAUUGAUUUAUAGUUAACCAGCAUAUGGUACUAAAUUUGUAAAUAUGGUGCUAUGGUUAUAUUUAUACUGUUCAAGCUAGUGGACAACAUUCUAAACUGUGAUUAAACUUGUAUUAAUGGUUCCCUAGGAAGUAUAUUUCAGUAAGUGAUUCGAGACCAUAACAAACGUACAGACGUUAAUGUUAUACAGGUUCCACAGGCCGCAUUACUAGGUAAAAAUUACUGUGGAACCUUCAUAGGCCAUUUUGUUUUAGUGAAAUUAUAUUUAUAGUGAAGUUGAAUCUGAGUUCUGGAAUGUCAUUUCCAAUAAUAUGAACCUCUGGCCACCAUGAAAAUAUUCUGAGCAGAACUGAGAUGGCCACAUAACUCAUGCCAUUUGUCUGUAACCCAAAUAAUAGAGAUAAAUCCCUAUUUUCCUAUGCCCAUCAUAUAGAAAAUGGGUAUGGAUCUGUUUCAGAAGAGUGAUUAUAUCUGUUAUGAGUUUCUAGAUUAAAGAGAUGAUGUGGCUUUUGUCUAUAAAAAGUUUAAUUUUAGCUUAACUUUCAGUGAAGAAAGAGAAAAGAUAAGAAAGACACUUCAGAUUUUACCCUAAGGAAAUAUUAGCCCUCCAUAGGUACCUCAUCUUGUACCUUUACAAGAGGCAUACUGUGGGUUAGGAAAUCUCUUCCUGAAGGGUUUAGGAGGAGAGUUACUUUCAUACUCCACCCUUGCUGGCCAGAGCAACAAACCAGGCUCUGGCGUAGGAAAGCAUGAAUCAGACACUCACGUACUUUGCCUAUCCACCUCCUGUGUGCAAGUGCGUAUGACAUGGCAAACAGUGUAAAAAUGUACCCCAAAAGGAGCAUUGAAUCAAUAGUAUCCUUUUGGCUUUUACACUAAGUAAGUUUGUGUAUAAGGAUUAUUUAUGUCUUGACAGAAAGGAACACGUUGAUCUAACAUUUUGAUCUGAAUAUGAUCCAUGUAUCCAAGAAGAGAGUCAGAAAUGUAUUAUUGUUAUAAAUUAAUAUAAAUAGUAAUUUAUUUAAUGACCCUGAAGUGUGGGAACCUAGAUUUAGACUGACUUCAUAGCAGCUUAAUAGCAAGAAGCUAAUGAAUAGGGGAGAUUUUCAAAAUAUUGGUCCUUCUAUGGCCACCAUCUUGCUCUUGGCUUACUUUCUUGAGAUUAUUGUAAUCAAAAGUGUCAUUUGGCUUCAUACCUUGGCAAAACCUUCUUCACUCUCAUGCUCCUUGAAGUAUAAUUCAGAGAACAGUGAUAACCUAUCUUUCUAGAUGAUAGUUAUUAUUUUAUUAUUCAGUAAUACAGCGUUCACAACAAAAAUCUAGUAAAAUGGUUACCUCUAACUAACUUAAGUGUUGAAAAAUUAUAAGGAAUAAGUCCCCUUUUAGGAGUAGCUGAAAAAUUCAUAAUGAUGAAACAAUUUUUAAUUUUUUGUGUAUGUAUCAGAAUCACUCUGAGAAGUUGUUAUAAAUAUUGAUACCUGUGCUCCCCACCCCAAGAGAUUCUGAUAUAAGUAUUUGGGUGUGGGGCAGCUUGUGAAUUAUUAUAAAGUUCUCUAGUGAUUCUGAUACACAUAAAAGUUGGAAAAUCACUUGAAUAAAAUAUAAAUCAACAUGUGUGAAAUCAGUUGCCUAUUUUUUCCUUAUAAGUCUGGCUGUUCUAGGAGUUAGAAAAUUGAGAAAGACAAAGGAGAUUAAUUUGGAGAAUUCUAACAAUCAUAACUUAUGUAUUUUAGAUUCUUGGUACUAGAUGGGGGCCCAUGUUUUAAAUGCUUAACGUUAAAUCUGCUGAUUAGACCAGAAAAUUCUCCACAGUAAAAGUAUUCACUGAACUAUACGGAGAUAGAAACAUUCUAAACUUGGCUAUAUUUUAAGAAUAUAACCCUUGGUUGCAAAAUCAUAGGAAAAGGAAUGUCGUUUGGUUCAAUAUUCUUAAUAAAUAUUCUUUAAAAAUCCCUAAGUAUAGAAGU